AUGACCACGGAAACGAAAAUGAGCAGCUCCGAGGAGGUGUCCUGGAUCUCGUGGUUCUGUGGUUUACGCGGGAACGAGUUCUUUUGCGAGGUGGAUGAGGACUACAUCCAAGAUAAAUUUAAUUUAACGGGACUGAAUGAACAAGUACCACAUUAUCGUCAGGCAUUAGAUAUGAUUCUUGAUCUUGAACCUGAUGAUGAUCUGGACGACAAUCCAAAUCAAUCGGACUUAAUCGAACAGGCUGCGGAGAUGCUUUAUGGUCUUAUUCACGCACGUUAUAUACUUACCAAUCGUGGUAUCGCUCAAAUGAUCGAAAAGUACCAAGCGGGUGAUUUCGGUCAUUGUCCACGAGUUUAUUGUGAAUCCCAGCCAAUGUUGCCGCUAGGGCUUAGUGAUGUUCCUGGCGAGGCAAUGGUCAAGAGUUACUGUCCUAAGUGCAUGGACGUUUAUACACCGAAAAGCUCGAGACAUCAUCAUACUGACGGGGCGUAUUUUGGAACGGGAUUUCCACAUAUGCUAUUCAUGGUCCAUCCUGAAUAUAGACCAAAACGUGCGGUAAAUCAAUUUGUACCUAGAUUAUACGGCUUUAAAAUUCAUCCUGUAGCAUAUCAGAUCCAGCAACAGUCUGCGUCCACGUUCAAAGCACCAUUACGAGCUCUCAACUAUAAUAACGGGAAACGUUAAGAUUAUCUUCGGAGUAGCCUAGAAUACUUCCUUUCAUUACUCGGAAUUCCUAAUUUCAUCCUUAAAGAUUUAAAUAAAAUAUUUUUUAUAUCUGUUUCCUCAAUAUGUUGUCGCGCGAGGAAGAAUACGUUCUACAAAGCCGCUCAUUAUAACUUUUUCAAUUCGUUCAUUGUCUCGACGUUUUUAAAUUCUUGACAUUGUACGAAAAGAAGAGGAAACGAGGGAAAGAGAAAGAGAGAAGGAGGGAGAGAGAGAGAGAAAGAGAGAGAACGUGAGAGGAGAGCGAGCGUUUAGUUCCGUCGUGUGAAUCAUUGUCAUGUUAAUUUAAAUUGUAGCAACAUUUUCGUGAAGAACCAAUAUGUUUGUAUAGAAACUUUGAGCAUUAUUCAUUAAAAAUAGAGGGAAGGAGAAGAAAAACACGCUUAGAAUAAUUACUAGAUCAUAAAUAAGAGAUGAUGAUUAUAAAUAGAACAUAUACCCGUUUUGUACGAAUCGCUUGUGUCAUCAUAUUUGCUGUCAAGUAGUUCCUAACAUGUGCAGGAGCGGACUUCCUGGAAAAGUCGAGAAGCGAAUAGUACCGGGUUUACAUUGGUUCUUUUUAAGACGAGAGAUGAUGUAUAAAGGAGAAUAGCUAUUAAGUAUAACUUAAUUUAAUCGCCGAGUAAUUUGUGCGCGAACUGUGACAGAAACGAUUUAUUAUUAUUAACAAUUGCAUAGAUAGUGGAUACAAUUUACGACAAAAACCAUGAAGCGAGAGACAAUAUUUCAGAGGAGAGAAGGAGAAACUUCAGAAACGAAGACUGUGCAUUUCUCAAUGAGAAAGAAGACGACUAAGCCGACUAUUUCGGUUUCUAUUACAGUUCCCAAGGACAUUUUUAUGGACAUUUAGCAUUGGUGGGAGGAUAACUUUGCAAUUAGGAGAUAAAAUUCUGUGUACGCGCGAUUUUUAACAUACAGCAGCAAAACUAUUACUAGCAUUUUCUUCAUUUUUGUAUUAAAUACAAUCGUUU